UAACCACGCUCACCUUUCUCCUCUUUUUUGAAAUUACACACAUUUCUCCGAAUUUCUAGGGUUUUGAAGGGUUUUCUCUCCAAAACCGGACAUCAAAAAAUCUAAACAGAGAGAGAGAGAGAAGAAACCAUGGUCACAAAACAGAAACUCUUUCUCUUGAUCAUUGUUUUCUUGUUACUUUCGCCCACCAUGUUUAAUCUCUUAGGUUCCAUGAACCUCGCCCUCACACAACCACUAUGGUUAACCCUAACAAUAAUAAUAAUCUCUUUCUUCCUCCUCACCAAAAACCCACCACCCAAACAAAUCUACAUGCUAGAUUUCGCAUGUUACAAGCCACCGGCGGCCCAAGCCAUAACCAAACAAGGCGCGGUGGCGCAAGCCAGGGUCUUCAACAAGUUGUACAAAGAAGAGACGCUGGCGUUCAUGCGAAACACGAUCGAGCGAUCGGGGCUCGGCGACUCGACCUACUUACCGGAGGCCUUUCUCAAGGACCUUCCGGACCCAGACAUGGAGGCAGCGAGGGCGGAAGCAGAGAUGGCGAUUUUCGGGGCUGUGGGCGAGCUCCUGGCGAAGACCAAAGUGAAGAGUAGGGAUAUCGGGAUAGUGGUGGUGACCUGUUGUCUUUUCUGCGCGGCGCCGUCUCUCUCCAGCGUGAUUGUGAAUCGGUAUAAGAUGAAGGAGGGUGUCGUUAGCUAUAAUCUGAGUGGAAUGGGUUGCACUGCCGGGCUUAUCGCUAUUAAUCUUGCCAAACAGCUGCUUCAGGUACACCACGACAGCUAUGCUUUGGUCGUAAGCACCGAGAACAUUACCGAAAAUUGCUACAAGGGUAACGACCGCUCUAAAAUUCUUGUCAAUUGCUUGUUCCGAGUCGGCGGGGCCGCGAUCCUCCUCUCCAACCGGCCUUCCGACAGCCGCUCGUCGAAGUAUCAACUGCUCCACACCAUCCCCACCCACACCGCCAGCUUCGACAGAUGCUACAACUGCAUCGUUUCGGAAGAAGAUACCGAGGGGCACGCGGGAGUGACCAUCACCAAGGAUCUGCUGGCCGCGGCCAUCACCGCCAUAGAAUCCAACAUAACCUCGCUGGCUCCCCUGGUCCUUCCCGCGUCCGAACAAGCUCGGUACCUGCUGAACCACGUCGCGAGGCGUCUUCCCGUGGCGAACGCCAAGCCGUACGUUCCCGACUUCAAGAAGUCUUUCGAUCACUUCCUCCCGCACGUCGGCGGGAAGCCCGUGCUGGACGAGCUGCAGAGGAGCUUGCGGCUGACGAAGACCGACAUGGAAGCUUCUAGAAUGACGCUGUUCAGAUUUGGGAACACUUCUAGUAGCUCAGUGUGGUACGAGCUGGCCUACGUUGAAGCCAAGGGGAGGAUCAAGAGAGGUGAUCGGGUGUGGCAAAUGGCUUUCGGGUCCGGGUUCAAGUGUUGCAGCGUGGUUUGGCGCGCAAUCAGGACCGUUGAUGAUGCGGUGAUGAAUCCCUGGAGUGACGAGAUUGAUGGGUUUCCUGUGGACCUCAACAACAAUGCUCCGUUCCCUUACUUCUUUGAACCGUCCAAAUCCACAUGAUCGGACGCUGCAUGCAGCUAGCACGUGCAUUUGCCUCCCUAAAUUACUGCAAGAAUAAUGUUUUUAGGAGCUUACAAACUUUUUCUUCCUCUUUUAUUUGUUCUACUACCUUUGAGUGAUAUCUACAGACACCAUGAAUGGUGAUCGAUGAUCUUAGUUUGGUUUAUUUUUAUUACAUGUGUAUUUCAUUUCAUUUCAGGCCACUGGCCGGGUUAAGUUGGAUCAGCUAUAUUUUUUUUUUCUCAGUAAUGAAAGAUUAUAUAUUAACCAUUGA